AUGGCACCACAUUCCCUCUUCCCACCUCGUCCACCACAGCCAACCCCAGAACAGAUCCGAUCCGGCAUCGAAGCAUGUCUGGUGGUCCAACGACGAGCCCUGACCAUGGGCAAAAGGCCCUUCUCCGCAGCCCUCAUAGGCCCAGACAACGAAAGCGUCCUCCUCACCCACCAAUCCAUCGACCACGUCAACCACGCAGAAUCCAGUCUCGCCCGCCUCGCAGCUUCCCACUACACCCAGCCAUACCUCUGGCAAUGCACUCUCUAUUCCACCUGGGAGCCCUGCGCGAUGUGCACUAGUACUUGCUACUGGGCUAAUAUUGGACGGAUUGUAUAUGCGGCUUCGGAGACGCAGUUGGGUGAGAUUACCGGGCUUGGGAACGAGGAGAAUAUGACUAUGAGUAUGCCUUGUCGGAAGGUGUUGGAAGGGAGUCAGAAGGAUGUGCAAAUCAUUGGGCCUGUUGGUGGAUUGGAUGAGGUUGUGGUCAGGGAGAGUGAUGUUUAUUGGAAGCCUUUACGGGAGGCCAAGGAGAAGGGGCAAGGUACCUAG